CCCACUAAAUCCUACCUGCAUACCCCGCUUCUCACAUCCUCGGAAUUAACUGAAAAUCUCUCUCUAGCUACUCACACUGCAACCCCACAAACACAAACCAUUCUUCAUUCUCUCGCCACCUACACUCUCACUGCACCCCCUUUCUUCCCGCUGCCGCCACUCAGAAGCUUACUUGUACGCAUACAAACCCACGAUUAGGCACAAGACAAAGCAAAAACCUUGCAAAGAAGCAGCAAAACAGAGAAGCUCAUUAGGACCCCAGAAAUGGGAGUCGACUAUUACAACAUCCUCAAGGUGAACCGCAGCGCCACCGACGAGGACUUGAAGAAAGCCUACCGCCGAUUGGCGAUCAUUUGGCAUCCCGAUAAGAAUGCCAACAAGCAAGAAGCUGAGGCCAAAUUCAAGCAGAUUUCAGAAGCCUAUGAUGUUUUAAGCGACCCGCAGAAGCGCCAGAUCUACGACCUCUAUGGGGAGGAGGGUCUCAAAUCGGCUCAGUUCCCACCUCCUCCGCGUGGCCCUCGGACCCGCCACCAGGGUUUUUACUAUAACAAUCAGAAGCAUCCGAACCCUAAUUUCCGGUUCAAUCCGAGGAAUGCGGAGGAUAUUUUUGCGGAAAUCUUUGGGGAGAAUGGGAGUGGAAAUACCGGUGGUAGUAGUAGUAAUGGUGGCGGCGGUAGGAGAGAUGGGUAUUUCAGAAACACGACGAUGAAUGGCGGUGGGGGACUGAGGAAGGCGCCGCCGGUGGAGAAUGUGCUGAUUUGCAGCUUGGAGGAGUUGUAUAAUGGUGCAACCCGAAAGAUUAAGAUUUCUAGGAAUGUUCUUGAUUCUCACGGCAAGCCAUGGCUGAUGGAGGAGAUAUUAACCAUAGACAUAAAACCAGGUUGGAAGAAGGGCACAAAAGUAACUUUCCCUGAGAAGGGCAAUGAAGAACCUGGUAUUGUCCCAGCAGAUCUCAUUUUUGUGGUGGACGAAAAACCUCAUCCAGUUUUCACGAGGGAUAGCAAUGACUUGAUUGCGAAGCAGGAGGUAACACUUCUUGAAUCCCUCACCGGAAAGAUUCUUGAGCUGAGUGCGUUAGAUGGCAGGAAUGUUACAGUACCGAUUACGGAGAUUAUGAAACCAGGACAUGAAGUUCUUGUCCCAAAUGAAGGAAUGCCAUAUUCAAAAGAUCCUAGGAAGAAGGGAACUCUGAGAAUUCAAAUUGAUGUUAGGUACCCGAAAAGGCUCACUGAAGCACAAAAGCAUGAAUUGAGGAGAAUUCUGGGAGGAACUCUCAAUGAACAUUAGUUGUCAUGAUAUUUCUAUAUAGUAAGUAGACUGGCGGCCAGGGUGUAAAUAUAUAACAUGCAUGUGAAAUCUAUGUGAAUAUAAGAAUGGAUAAUUAUCUAUGUGAAUAUAAGAAUGGAUAAUUAUAC